ACCCACGUUACGUAUCUUAAAAAUAUUAACAAAUCACAAUAAGAUAUAGAAAAAAAAUGAAAAGCGAGAAAUCGGACGAAUAUGGGAGUGAGAUUUGGGGAUGAAUCUUGGACGAAAAUAGGAGUAAAAAAGUAGACGAAAAAGCAACAGUAUGGGAAAGGAGGGAUCUUAAAAGGGCCGUGGAGGCGCCGACACGAAACAAAGAGAAGGGUCGCCGGUCCCUUAUUUCCUUCUUAUCCUCUCCCUUCGCGGGUUUCAGGCGCUCACUGCGUCGCAAUUAGUGCUGGGUUCUGGGUUUGGUGAUAGAGAAAUACCCUGGGUUGAGGUAGUUUUGUUUCUUGGGAUACCAAGAGGAAAGCAAAGGAUGGAGGGCAAGAAACCCACCGCUUCGUCUUCUUCUUCUUCUUCGAGAAUUGCCGAUGAUCUUUUCGGCCGGAAGGAGGCCGCGGCUUCCUCUGCUUCCUCCUCAUCCGCAUCCUCUGGCUACUUCAGCAGCGUCUUCCCUCCUGCCUCAUCGGUCGUGGGAAAGGAUUCGGCUCAUUCCGACUUGUACUGGACGUUGGACAAGCAAAGAACUGAGGGUCGGAUAGGGAAUGCUCAGAGCUCAAGAGCAGUUACACCUGCAGAUGAUAAAUGUCAAGGCCGCCCAAGCAAAAGCCACAACACAAGCAACAAAGAUGGGAAAUCAGCCUAUCCUAUUGAAUCAACUGAAUCGUCCUAUUUCGGCUCUUCUAUUCAUUAUGGUGGCAGAGAAUUUUAUAGCAGCUCUCCAUCCAUGCAGAGUUCUGGAGCUUAUAAUAAUUAUAAAAACAAUGGUGAAGAUGAUUUGGGUGAUUCAAAUGUUGCUACUAGAGGUGAUUGGUGGCAAGGUUCACUUUACUAUUGAGGAUAUUAUCUAGACCAGCAUGCUCUCCAUUUAGGCAUAGCAUGCUAUAUGAAGAGAGACACAGUGAAAGAUGAUUGAGGUGGUGAUUAGCAGUUCUAAUUCGACUUUUCUUUUGCUUCUGUUUCAUCUGAAAUCAUGUUUGGCUCAUUUAACAGGAAGCCAUUGACAACUAGCUUUUUGAAAAUUUCACCAUAUUCUGGAGCUUGUCAGCUUUUUCAUCAUGGUUGUAUUAUUACUGGAUUUCCUACAUUGUUGAUACAGAGAUAUAUGAUUCCUAGCUGUGCCAUUUAUAUUUACUAUUUCCAUUUUGAUUUACUGCGCUUAGGUUGUAAUUUGUGAUCUUUCUAUAAUCCCAAAUAUCAUCUCCUCCUUAAACAAUUUAAUAGUGAUUUCUGGUCUCUUGGUAUUCCCUAUGUAGCCAUCUCAUGACAGUUACCUCAACUCGUCUAUUUCAAUACAUCACUUCUAUUAAACUUUCUACUAGUAAUUUUCUAUAAAUUUACAGUUUCAGAUGAUUUGUUACUUCUAGAUUACUUCUUUUUUCUGUCUAGAUUACUUCUGUUUCUUGUUUUUCUUAACACAAUCGUUCAGAAUUUUCAAUGCACAUUAUCUUGUAUCUCACCCUAAUUCUUCGAUUCUCAUCUCAACACUUUCAAUUUUCUCUUGAACCAUGAAGAUUAGCGUCAAUUCAUCAACAAGCCUCCUCCUUCUAUAUGGAAUCCAUCACAACUGGAUCCUGUCCAUGUUAAACUCCGGUACCUAGUAUUGUUGUCUCUUCUCUCCAUCAAAAUUCUCUUGGUCUCUUCUCCAAUUGCAGACGGUAAUAGAAACAGGAAAUCUCCACCUUUUAAAGGGGUGAUUAUGAUUGAUGGAGCAUAUGGCUAUAACAUCUACCUUCAUACAUUCCUUGUUAAUGCUAUAUUCAGAUAUUCUAAGAUAAUCAAUUGUAACCUAUACUUGCUAGUUUUCUGGCAAGCACGACUUGAUUCCCAUGCCCCUCAAGUAUCAAGCAAUAACAAAUUAGCUGUUAAUGUGUGGUUUGCAAGUCUUUUAUAAGAAAAUAUUCUGAAUAAUUCAAGCGACACAUUCAAACAACUAUUUGUAGAUUUUGUAGAUUUAGAAUAAGAAUAGUCAUUGUAGACCUAUUAACUUAAAUUGCAGAUAUCUUACUACUUUAUAGGUUCAUUUUAGUGCAUUUUCCUUUUGAUGAACUCGUUGCUAUGCUAUUGUUGUUGUUUUGGGCAGUAUUGUUGGAGCAGGAUGGCAUUUUCUUCUCUUCUUCUUUUUUUGUUCAUUACCAUAACUAGUGCUUCAGCAGCCAUAUUACCUCUCUCUCUUGUGCUUGCUUGCUCUCUAUGUGAAUAUUCAAGUGAUUGAUUAUUUAUACAUGACCAAUAAUACAUCCGUAACUCUUAUCAACAUCGAUCUGCUAGUAAGCACAUUAUAGAUUCACUCCAUGCUUAUGCUUGCAAUGCUAAAGCUUUAACUAGUAUGAGCAGGUUGGGUCUCAGCUCUCUGACUCUUGCUGGUCAUCCCUAUUAUUCUAUUGAAUCCUCCAGAUUAUGUUCUAUAGUUUGGUACUAGGUAGUUGAUAAUCAAUUUUCACUUCUUGAACUUAAGAAAGAAAUAUUUGCUGUUAACUGUAACUGCUGGAUGACCAUUUCCCCCCAAAACAGUGUAAAAUCCCACAAUACGGUGUAUUUAUUUUCUCGGGGAAAAAAAUAUGGAGCGCUUUCAUUGCUAAUGAACAUACCACAUCCCAAACUUGUUCUAAUAGUUUAGGUGGCUUCGAACGCACCAAAGAAUUUCAUUCUCUCAUGAACAGCACUUGUUUUUAGUUCAAUAUCUUGUCAUGUUUAACAUGGUAUAGGUGAUAAAGAUGGUCCUGUGAAAGGAGGUUGUCGUGCGCAACAGUGCAAGUUCGGCCAGCGCACCUCUAUUUAUCAAACAGCCUAACACGAUCAUACUAUGGGGUAAUAAAGCUAAGUGAGGAGAUGCUUUAGUGGUUAGCGUCAAACAUGAGAGGCGUAGAUUCGAGCAUAAAAGCAAGAGAAAAGGCAUAUGUUGAAGAUUUUUAGGAGAUGAAAUUUCUCAUGAUGUCGUCCCCUUAAAAGUUGCAUAUAAUUAGCCAUCAUUUAGGCAUACAAUUCAUGUACAGAACGCGGACUUUACACUAGACAGUGAACAGAAUCUCUUUCGGCCAUCAUAUUGCUCCAUAAAUUCGACAGUAGUAUCUGAAAAAUAGAUAAUUGAGCUCCUAUAAUCAACAUUUAUGUGAAAUUAUAAAUUUUGCACAAAAAGGUCCUUGGUGGUGUCCCUGGUGUAUAAGUUAGUGGAGUGUCUGUAAGUUACAUGUAUUUAUUGUAACCAAUUCUUGAAUACGUGUAGCCUUCUUUUUCUUCUGUUUUUUUUUCUUUUCCUAGACAACUGCAUUUCCUGUGCAUUUCCUUUUUUUUUUCCAACUUUUUUUUUUGGUAAGCUUUUCUAAUCUUCAGAGAUCACAUACCUUGCUAACAGGUAUUUCAGGAAGCUGUUAAAGAUAGCUGCUAUGUCGUCCAACUAGUGGUGAAACUUGUAUUUGGUUUUGUUACUAGAAGCAUCAGCUUUGACGAACCAAACAAUCAGUUUUUUUUUUCACUGUUUAUAUCUUAGGGUGGAAAGUUGCAAAGACUGUUCAUACUUAAUGAAGCAGCAGACCUGAAACCUGGAUAGGUUUUCUUGUUUUGGACUUUGUCUUGUCAGUAAACUAUACUAGGCCUUCAUCCCUCCAGCUUCAAUUGUAACGAGGAUGAAUGGCCACUUAAUUAUGUAUGCUUUUAAUAUAUAAUUAUAUAAUAUUAAGUAGUUUCUAUAA